AUGUCAAGUGUUUUCUUGAGUUUCGGUCCCAAGAGUGGAUUUCUCAUUGGGCAUACAUUGAAUAGCAUGAUUGAGUGCCAAGAUUCACCACCAACAUGGUAUGCUGAGUCAAUGACAGGUUUGCUUCCAAAUGUUGUUUUUUAUGACAAAGCAAAGAGCGUUCACCUCUACGAAGACUACAGUUUAGAUUUCGAAAAAGACGGUGCACCACAAAAUAUUCAAAAACUUCAACUUCCUAAAGAUGGUCCGGUUCAAAUGCCGCUUUUCAAGCCAACUCCUUUCAUUGAGUACAUCAAGAAGGGUGGAGCAACAUUUUUACCACUUGAUCAGCCAAGGCCAAACUUCAAACUUGAAGAAUCAACAAUUGCUUGGUGUGACAUUGUCAAUUUCAACAUGAGCAGACGUUCAUUUGUCGAAAUUCCUGGUACAGAUCUCGAACCUAUGACAACAUAUGCAAAUGGCUUUGCAAGAGCUUCAGAUACAGAAAAUUACGACGAUUAUACAGAUCCUAUCAGGCGUCAGUUCGAAAAUUGUGACAGAGUAGGAUCUGUUAUCUUCUCAGCCGACAGAAACAAUGGUUAUGGUGGCUUCUGCGCCAAACUUUCCGAAUAUGUUCAAGAAGAAACACCAAAAGCUGUUCGUUUUGUCUUUUCAACUGCCGAAGACGUUCCAUCAGACGAAAUUGCAUGCAAUGCCUCACUCGCAACCGCUGCUUUUCUUGAAUUUGCUGAUAUCCACACACUUUUAGUUCCUCCGGCCAAUUUACCAAACAUUAUCGACCAAACAAAGUACAAAGCCGACAACGACUUCUCUAGAAUGGCCUUACUUUCAAUGCCAUUAACAACCGCAUUAAUUCCUUUACUUAACAACACAUGCCAUGCCAGGAAAUACAAAGAUACUAUUGCUCCAAGCAGUAUCCUCAAGUUUACUUCCUUAGAUGCUUGUUUCCCGACCUUCGAUGAGCUAAAUCACUUUUCCUUCCCAGCAGAAGACAGAAUCCUUACAUCUUUCGUUACUACAUGCGGUACAGGAAACGCUGCCCCAGAAAUUGUCGAGAAAUUCAAACCAGAUUCCCCAUAUUUCUUCGACCACGCUUCAUCGUCACAACCGUUAUUUAUCGGUUUCAAUGCUCCCCACUUUUUCAAGGACGAUUAUGUGACACGCGAGGGAAUGAAGCCAUCUCAGAAACCAGCCUCCCUCAGCGAUGCGGACUACCAACGCCUUGUUGCUGCAGGAGUAAUCAAACCGAAAGUUGGUGUGAAAUGCGAGUACAUCAGAGCUCUCUCUGCAGCGGCAACAAUCUCUACAUCGAAGUCUCUCGCUGUUCAACUUGAGAACACAGUCAAUUUCAUUCGAGGCGCUCCUGCAAUUCAACACGACAUUGCACAGUCUGAUUGCUCGCAAAUGAUUGAAACAGUGUUGAAUAUUGUUGACGGCCUGAGAGCUGAUGAGUAA